UGGGGAGAUCUUGCGAGAUUCUGAGUGGAAGCUCUGUCUGUGUCCAACUCACUGAGACAUUUUACUUCCUCAUCGCUCGAGGAUCGUCAGACGAGGGGACAGAUGACCAGUCAGCCACGACUGUCAAGCUGCCUCGCCUGAAAAUGUUUCUGUUCUCCACCUCCAUCAUUCUUAUUGGACUCUUAUAUGGCGCUAUUCAGGCUGCUGAGCUUCCUUGCAACUGUAGUAGUGGAUGUAUUACAACAAACAGAUGUCUCAUUGAUGAUCCGGAUUGCAAAAAAGAGAACGUAGCAUUGAAUAAGACGGCAACCAUGAGUUCUGCCUAUGUGAAUUCUGAAAUACAGAACAGUCAGGGCCUGCAUGCCUGGCGGUCAACGGCAACAGAAGUCAAACAAUUUUUUUAUAAAGAGCAGCCACCUUCUACCGUUGGAAUUAAUUGUAUUCAUACUAGUGAGUGGUCAUCCAACCCUUGGUGGUCGGUGGAUCUUGGAGCCAAGUUUACCAUCACAUAUGUCACAAUCUACAACAGGGACAGCAACCAAAAAGGACUGAACAGUGUAAAGGUGUAUGCGGAUGAGCAGCUGUGUCACACAAUCUCAGGUAUUAAUAAAGACCUGAUCGUCAACGUGACCUGCGACAACCCAGUCAGAGGACAGACUAUCAAACUGCAGAAACGGGGACAAUCCUUUUGAACUUCUGUGAGGUUGAAGUGUGGGUCUGCAGUGAACGGUCGCUAUGGACAGACAUGCGAUGAGCUGUGUACUGGCAACUGUAAGGACAAUGAGACAUGUGACAACUACAAUGGCACCUGCUGGAACGGUUGUAAAGAUGGUUUUUACGGACCUCUCUGUAACCAGAC